UAUGACAUCCCCGACUCCUACUACAAUCUCGACGAGGUUGAGGACCCCGCACCCGACGCUCUAAGGCGGUUUGCCUCCAACUACUCGCGCCGCUCGCAUGGCUCGUGGGGCUCCGGCUCGCGCAGCGAGCGCAACGAGAGGCGUGCGUCGCGCCAGCAAUCUGUCAGCUAUGAUGUUCCCGACUCGUGGCUUAACCUUGGCGAGGUGUCCGACACCGGGCCGGUGCAAUCUGUGGACGAGGAGUCUAUAUACCAAUACAGGAGCCUGGAGGAUGAGCGCGCGAGCACCCAGCAGUAUAUCGAGGGUAGGGCUGCCUUGAGGGCGUCAUCGUCUGGAGGAGGCGGCGCCCCAAGGGAUGUACAGGAGAAGCCCGCGAGGCCAGAAGGUGAGGUGCGGGUCUCUCGGUGGGCGGCACAACUCUACACCAUAUCGUACCUGGUGUUCUUCUCCCUCCUCGGAACCCUCGCCCGGCUUGGGCUGCAGUGGCUCACCAACUACCCCGGCGCCCCGGUCUUCCCCUCGGUCUGGUUCAACUUUGGAGGCAGCGUGGUCCUGGGCUUCCUGUCUGAGGACAGGAUGCUCUUCCGCGACGAGUGGGGUACGCCCACCUACGAGCUGGCCAUCCAGCAGGCCAGGAGCGCAGAGAGCAACGGCUCCGAUGCCACGGCCGUCGUGGACCUGGCCGCCGCGAAGAAGGCCCACCAGGCCGCAAAGAAGACCAUUCCGCUGUACAUCGGUCUGGCAACGGGCUUCUGCGGCUCUUUCACCUCCUUCUCGUCCUUCGUCCGUGACGUCUUUCUCGCCUUGUCCAACGACCUCACCGUGCCCGGCUCCACCGCUGCCACCGUCCCGCGGAACGGCGGAUACUCCUUCAUGGCCCUCAUGGCCGUCGUCAUCGUCACCGUCACCGCUUCCCUGUCGGGUCUCUUUAUCGGCGCCCAUCUCGCCAUCGUCUCGGAACCCACCAUCCCCUCCCUGCCUUACUCGUUCAUGCGCACGUUUGCAGACCGCCUCGCCGUCCUGCUGGGCUGGGGAUGCUGGGUCGGCGCCCUGCUACUGACCCUCAUGCCCCCUCACGACUAUUACCGUGGCGACGCGACUUUUGCGCUCCUUUUCGCACCACUUGGUUGCCUGGCCCGCUUCUAUGUCUCCCUGGCGCUCAACGGUCGCAGGUCCUCGUUCCCGUUGGGUACCUUUGCCGUCAACGUCCUCGGCACGGCCGUCCUAGGCGUGGCGUAUGACCUGCAGCGCGUCCCGCUCGGAGGCAUGAUCGGCUGCCAGGCCCUGCAGGGCGUCGAAGACGGGUUCUGUGGGUGCUUGACGACCGUAUCCACCUGGGUGUCAGAGCUGGCCUCCCUGAGGAGGAGCCACGCCUGGCUCUACGGCGCUGCCAGUGUGCUGGUCAGCCUCGGGGUGAUGGUGGCGGUCCUGGGCGGCCUGCGGUGGACCCAUGGCUUUGCAACCUUGCAGUGCGUGCAUUGA